AUGGAGUGUAUCUUCAGCGUCGCUGGACGCAAUGGCCGUCCGCCGCGCUCCGACUCCAAUGCCACGGCCAGAUCCCAGGCGAUCAGUCCGCCCGUCAGCGAUGCGCGGUCAGCAGUUCCGAUAUCACCUUCGACCUUCUCGAGAGCAUCAUCAUUAUCGUCUUCCUCAUCAGUCAUAGCAGUGGUAACGCAGAAUGAUGGCCAGGCCGCACCGUCAGAACAUCACUUGACAGCAAAUGCCCUCGCCAAAACCCCCGAGCCGACGAUCCCAGCCUCCUUAACGUCAAUCCCCGAUUUUCUGGAGGCGGGUAUGAACUUCUUCACGGAUGGUGACUUGGCUCAUGCUUCGACGGACUUUCAUACCGUCCUUGAUAAUUUUGACCAUCAGCAUUUUCUGGACCCUGCCUUACUUGCGACCCCUAUCUCGGACCACAACCCCCGACAUGCCCUGGCGGACGACGGUGCUACUCGGGCCGAUGCAGAGCCAGUGGAUGAACGCCAAGCAUAUCUAUCUAGCUGCCUCCAGCAGAUGCAGGCCGUGCAACACAGACUCCACGCCCAUGAAAGCUGGAGCCAUAUCUCGGCACCGUCGCAGGCACCUCAGCAUCCUCCGAGACUCCCGAAUCCCGGGUCCUUAUGCACACUGAUCGACGAGAUCAACACGGUCGUCAAGCAAUGCUUGGACGCCCACCCUGACCAGGAAUCUUAUUUUGACUUUACCUCCUUCAUGUCAUUCGUUACAUUAUUCGGCAACGCCGUAAUGAUCUACACUGCCCUCGUGCGGUCUCUGUUCUCGAAGAACGUAGACCAGCAGCAGCAGCAUCAGCAGAGCCAACCAAUCGACAUUACCUAUCCGACCAUGCAAUCCUCUGCCCCCUCUCUCGCUCGCCAUGCCUCCUUCUCCGGCUACCUCGAUCACAAUCGUAACGCAACGGGGUACCAAUUCCCCCCUUCCUCCGUCCAGACCACCACGAAACCCGCAGAACCUUGCCACUACUCCCUCACCCCACAAGUCCGCAUCGGCGAUUUCGUGACUUCUCAGUCCUUCUCCCAACGCAUAAUCGCCAACAUGAUCCUCGUCCAGAUGGCCAUCACGCGCCAGCUCAUGGAGCACAUCCGCCAGCACAUCCUGCAGCCGGAUGGCAACCGGUCGGGGGCCGUCGGCGCGCACCACAUGUUUCAUGCGAAUGCGGAGUAUUGA